CUUUUGUUGAACGCUGGCCAAGGUAGCGUUGAAUAAUAAAGACCUUUUCAUUUUCAUUUUUCCGUCUUCCCUCAAUAGCUCUGCGCUCAAGUCGUUCUUUCUUCUCCAACGUCAUUCAUCAGUGCGCACGUCUGCAAUUUUCUGCCCAAGGGUUAUGUCAAAUAUAUUUGUCCAUAUAAAAUUAUCAUGGUAUCAGAGCACAUAAACCCAGAGAUGGCAAGUGAUGAGAGUGAUGACAUGGCCGGGCAGACUCCGGCAAAAAUUGAUUACUCUUCGCCGUUCUUUUUGGGCACAACCAAGGUUAAACCUGAUGCUCGAUGUCUCUACUCCUCUAUCGGGCUUCUGUCUAGAACAAUGAUAAAAAUUGCUUUCCGCUUUUGGGAAUCCCCAGUCCUCUAGUGGCUACAUGAAUGGUACAUAUGGUCCAACUACUUGCAUUAUUGAUAAAGGGGUGACAAAUCAUAUCUAUUUUGAUCGGUCAAUUUUAUUUAAACUUGAACCAAUAAAAUCAUGUUCUGAUGCCUUACCCGAUAGGCAAAAAGUGUUAGCAACCGGAGAAGGUUGCGUUAAUUUUGCAGAUGGUCUGGGUUUGAAACAUGUGUUGUUUGUGCCUCAAAUGACUUGUAACCUGAUUUCUGUAACUCAAUUGAGUGAUGAGAUGGAUUGUUUUGUUCAGUUCCUAUCUUCGAGAGCCAACAACGGCACACAUUGACCGUUGAUGCAGGGACUCAAUCUUUGUUUGAUAUAUGGCACGACUGUAUGGGCCACCCAUCUGAAAAAUCUGCAUGAUUUUACACAUGUGAGUGGUUUGAAAGGAUCUUUUUCUUCACCAUGUGAUGUUUGUUUUUGUGCAAAAAAACUUAGAGAUUCCUUUUCUAUCAGCAUGAAUAAAACAAAGGAUAAUUUUGAAUCAGUGCAUUGUGAUUUGUGGGGACCUUAUAAUACUCCAUCCUCC